AAGAUGCUAUAUCAAAAAUGUGCUGUGUCAGAAUUGUUCUUUCCUUGAAUUGAAAUUCUUGAGAUCUUGAGCCCAUCUCAUGGGAGGAGUCGCUCAUAUCUAAUGACUUGACUCUGAGAAAAAAAUUCCCUUGCAUGUACGAAACAUGUUUAACUAUUUCCUUUCCCCUCUGUCUCCUCCCCCCUCAGGUAUUGAACAUUUUUUGGCUAUAAAUAUUAAGAAGAUGUGACCCAAAUUAUGUGCACUUUUCUGUUCUGACCCAUUCAGAAAGAUCAUACCAAGAAGAUUUCUCUUCUUUUUGCAGCAGCUCUGAGGAUCCACUCUUCUCUUCUCUUCUGUUUUGUUUUUUUUUUUGCCUCCAGAAGACUUCAGCAGCUUAUUUCACCGGCAUGACUCCUCGGUCUCUCCUCCUAUGCGCUCUGGUUCUCUUGUCUUUUUUCAUCACUGUAUGGACAAGUCCAGUGUGCGUCAACAAGUGCUGCCGGUUCGUGGAGGACUUCCCUGUCAGGCUAAAGACGCUCAGACUAAACUAUGCAGAGAUCCGAGACUUUUAUGAAGCCAACGAUGAUCUCGACACAGCUCUUCUAGACCAGAGCGUGGAAGAAACUUUUAAAACCCCGUUUGCCUGUCACGCCAUCAACAGCAUUUUAGAUUUUUACCUGGCGACGGUGUUACCGGGAGCUCUAGCCGGAGUGACGGAGGACACCAAGAGCAUGAAGCCUCACAUGGAGUCCAUACAGCAGAUCUUCGACCAGCUCAAGAAUGAUGUCACCGCAUGUCGACAUUACUUCCACUGCAAGAACCAGUUUGACAUCACAAACCUAAACUCCACUUACACUCAGAUGCAGAGUAAAGGUCUAUAUAAGGCCAUGGGUGAGCUGAAUCUGCUGUUUAACUACAUUGAGACGUAUCUGGCUUCUAAACGGCAUAGAAACCACGUCUGAAGACCUGCGGACCCUAAUCAAAGUUUUUUUUUGUGAACUUUACACUCUUUUGUACUCAGUCGGUUACUUUCUGUGGGGUUUUGUGUUUUGUGAGUGUCGCCAGAUGUUGAAUUUUCUUGAUGAGCUUUCUGAAGUGAUUUUUUUUUUCUAAACGGGGUAUCCUCAGUGAGGACAAAUUUCCAGACCAUAUUGCGUCAUACACAUAUGAGGUUAUAAACUAAAGAGUCACUUAUGAAAAUUUAUUUAUAAUGUAUAAUAUAUAUAUUAUGUAUUUAUUGUUUGGAUUGUUACAUACAAAUAAAUAAAUAUCUUGCUAAUAA